UGGCCAAUGGCGAGAACCCAACGCAACGUAAACACAACACACGGACGGAGAGUCAACCAGCUGAUGGGCAACGAUUUCUCGCAGAAGGGACCCUUUUGAACCACUAUGCGACUCCUUUUGUCCUUCUGCCUGUUUUGCGCGACCCAUGGCGGUGUGGUGAAGGCGGCCGAAGUGCUCAGACCGCGGGGCGUCCCCCUUUCCAAGGCAUCAUUCUAUGAUCCAACUAGAGACUUCCAUUGUCUAGAUGGGUCUGGCACGAUACCGUUCGCUUAUGUGAAUGAUGACUAUUGCGAUUGUCAGGAUGGUAGUGAUGAGCCUGGGACCUCAGCGUGCCCUAAUGGGUUCUUCAGUUGCCCAAAUCCUGGUCACAUUCCAUUGAACAUCCCAUCUUCGCGGGUCAACGAUGGCAUUUGCGACUGUUGUGAUGCCUCUGAUGAAUAUGCAUCGGCUGCCAAUUGCGUUGACACUUGCAGGGAACUUGGUCGAGCAGCUAGGGAGGAGGCUGCAAAGCAGCGGCAAGAAAAAAUGAAGGGAUAUGAAUUACGGAAGUCAAUGAUAGAGGAGGGUCGCAAGAGAAAAAAAGAGGCUGAGGUGAAGAUAGAGGAGCUAAAGAAAAAGAGAGAAGAAGCAGAAAAGGUGAGAUCAGAGAAAGAAGAAAUUAAGAAAAUUGCAGAGGAACCAGAAAAGGAAGCUCUUGAGCAUUACAAUGCCAUAGAGGCUGAAAGAAAAGCCCAGAGAGAAGCUGAGCAAAAGGCAAAAGAUGAAGCCGAAGCUCGAGAGGCCUUUGCCCACCUGGACAACGAUGGUGAUGGUGUGCUCACAGUAACGGAACUGCAGUCUCGUCAGACUUUUGACACCAAUAGGGAUGGAGAAGUUUCAGAGGAAGAGGCUAAGUUCUAUUUGAAACAAGAAGAGAGUAUGGACCUAGAUACAUUUAUUUCCACGGGGUGGCAGAUGAUGCGACCUGUUUACAAAUAUGAUCGCAGGAUGUUCAUUCCCCCAACCCAAGCCAUACCAUCGGAAGGUCUGGAGCCUCCACCUAUGCAAUUAGAAGAGGAUACUGAGGUACCUGGAGAUGAAGAUACUGAAUUAGAACACUUAGACCCUGAGUUGGACCCUGAGAUUUCUCGCUACAUAAACUCCAGAGCAAAUUGGGAUCUUAUGUCGGAUGAAGAUGAUGAGGAGGAGGAAGAAGAAGGGGCAGAAGAGGACUUUGAUCUAAAUGAGGAUGCUGAGGAUACUCAGAAUGAGGAAGAAGAACCAAAAUAUGAUGAGGAAACCCAAAAAUUGGUGGAUGUUGCCAAUGCUGCUCGCGCAGAAUAUGAUGAGGCUGAUAGAGAGGUUCGAGAUCUUGUUCGUGAGCUUCGCUCUUUGGAGGAAACCCAAGAAAAAGAAUAUGGACCAGAGGAAGAAUUUCGAGUCCUUGAGGGGAAUUGUUAUGAAUAUACGGAUAGGGAAUACAUUUACCGACUCUGCCCCUUUGACAAGGCAAUUCAAAAACCUAAAGCUGGGCAUGGAGAAACACGGCUUGGCCAGUGGGGUGAAUGGAGUGGUCCAGAAACUGACAGGUACAGCAGAAUGAUGUACAAUAAUGGUCAGGCAUGCUGGAAUGGUCCAACAAGGUCUGCAGAUGUACGUCUUACCUGUGGCACUGAAACUAAGUUGAUGAGUGUUACAGAACCUAAUAGGUGUGAAUACCUGUUUAUAAUGACUACCCCAGCUGUCUGCUCGAAACCAGAGGAUGCGAGUGGAGACGAAGGAUUUGAGCAUAGUCAUAUUGAAUUGUAGGGAUGAUUAAUCAAAUAAAAAAAAAUAACUUGUAGAUGUUUAAUAAUAGGCUAAUGUUAUUUAAUAGUAGUAUUUUUAUUGUUUUUUCUUUUUUAAUAUACUGGCCUCUGCUGCCAUGCUACUGUGCUGAACAUAGGGAACAUUUUUUUUCUUUUAUUGACCUUAAACCAGUUUUUAAUUUAUUUUUCUACAGAUAUAUCUCCUGAUCUAUAAACAUUCUAUUUUGAGGUGUAUUACUAGGUAAAGGAUUUCCCAUCCUCAUGGUUGACGUGAUUGUUUAUACAAAGGCUCAAACAGUUCAAAGCUCUUUGGUAGUCAAGUCAGUGCUGUAUGUGUUUGUGUGUGUGUGUAUCCACCAGAUAAACUAAUUUAUCCAAGGUAUGUUGACAUAUAUUUAUAAAUAAGAAGACAUAAUAGUGUAUAGUUUGUUACAUCGCUUGAAAGUUGUUGGCACAAUUUAUUGUAUGAAUGUUAGUGAAUCAGAACCUAUAUCAUAUUGGUAUAAUCUUCUGAUGACGCCUAGAUAAUCUUUUUAAGAUAGCAUCUAUUUCACCUAUUCUUUUUCAAUCUGGGUGAGAACUUUUGAUAAAGGAUGAAACAUUCAUACCCAAAUUUUUUUGACACAUGGCACCUGUGAUUAUCAUUACAUUCCUGGAAAAUCAUCCUUAGGGAUUUAAGAAGUGGUUAAUAAACUUUUGUAUGAAGAA